CCAGGCAGAGCGUCCUCCUCGCUGCUCCCCCACCCCCGCCUGAGUGGCGGCCGCCCAGGGCUCCCCCCAGCGCCCCGACCGUUCUAUGCGCAGCUCAGCCCAAGGCCCCCGCAUGGCUCCCUGCCCCUGAGCAGGGCCAUGGAGGAGCAGGAGCGGGGCCAGUGCUGCCCGGGGGCUGGCGGGGGGCACCGGGCCCGCGCCCCCGAGAGCGAGAUCCAGAAGGCCGUGCAGUUCAAGGUGGACGGAAACCGCUGCUACAAGGAGAAGAAGUUCCGGGAGGCCAUCGGGAAAUACCACCGGGCCCUGCUGCAGCUCAAGGGGGUGCAGGGCCGGGCCGGGGCGGCCAGCCUGGAGCAGAACCUGCUGGACCCGCCGCGCUGCCCACUCACCGAGGAGCAACUGCAGCUGGUGGAGAGCACCGAGGUGGAGUGUUACGACAGCUUGACGGCCUGCCUGCUGCAGUCCGAGCUGGUGAACUACGAGCGGGUGCGCGAAUAUUGCCUGAAAGUGCUGGAGAAACAGCGCAGCCACUUCAAAGCCACGUACCGGGCGGGCGUCGCCUGCUACCACCUGGGGGACUUCGCCCGCGCGCUGCGCUACCUGCAGGAGGCCAAGAGCCGCGAGCCCGCGGACACCAACGUGCUGCGCUACAUCCAGCUGACGGAGCUGAAGAUGCUGCGGGGGGGCCAGCGGGCCGGCUACCGGGAGCUGAUCGCGUAGGGCCGGGGCUCCCCCCGCAGGCCGGACACCGGCCCCCAGCCCCCCCCACGCCGGGCCCAGCCCCCCGGGCAGACGCUCAAUGUCCCGCUUUUUGCUUUCAGCCCCUUUCCUUCCCCUCCGCGGAGGUGGCUGGGGGGGGCCCUGGGGGAGUGAGUCCUACACACACAACGCCCUGGACCCCACAGACCUGCCCACUUCCAGCCCCCACAAUGGGGGGCAGGGGGGCUUCCUGCCCCCGCUGCUGGAGUGACCCGCCCCGGGCCCGUGGCAGCAGCCUGUGGGCUGUUCCAGUCAGCGCCGGGGGGGGGGGGGCAGGGUCUCUCACCCCCGCCCCCCAAGUCCCUGUAAAUUGACCUCAUAGCAUCAGGCAAAUUGUCCCCUGUGGUUUGGGGGGGCAUGUCUGUGGGAUGGGGGGACACCCCCCCUAGAACACACAAGCAGCCUGCCUAGGGCUGGUGGCAGUACCUGGUCUGCGGGGACCCCCCCCCCAGCCCCACAGUGGAGUUUGGUGUGGUGGGACCUACCUUCCCCCAGGGUUAUCAUGGUAUCAGGAGGAGUGGGGGGAUGGGGGCAUCUGGAGGGCCAGGGCCCCCACAGGGCCCCAACUCCCCCUGCUCCUAUAAACCCCAAGGGGCCUGGGGCUUGGCAUCCCCCCAGACCUCCAGGUACCCAUGGGGGUGGGCUGGCAUGGAGCCCCUCUGUCACCCCCACAUGCCCCCCAAGGCGGGGGCAGAACCCACAGAGUGGCUGUGUGCACCCCACUGCCAGCUGCUGCCCCCCUCCAUGGGGCUGAGGGCAACCCCCCCAUUUCACAGCAUGCCAUGGGGGCACUGGGCUCACUGCCCUCCUGUACCCUCCGCCCCACUGCCUGCCAGGGAACCAGCUCCAUGCCAGGGCUGCAGCCUGCCCCCAGCACGGGCUGCGUGGGACCCCAGGGCCCAGCCUGGAGGGGGGGGGGCUACACCCCCACCCCCAGCAGACCCACCACCAGCUGGACCCUGUGGGAGGGGGGCAGCGGGGGGCACUGAGGUGGGGCCUGCGGCUCGGGGGAGCGUGGGCUCUGGCACCAUGGGGGCUGCUGUGAUUUCUUGUUGAAGGUUUAUUUACCCGCCCCCUGCCCCCCA